UGCACUUCCUGCCAAAUAGUUGUCCCUAACAACCCAAGAGCUUCACUAUAGUGUAAAAUUUCAGCCCGGAGGAUAUUUAGCUUAGCUUAGCUAACGCCUCGACUCGAGCGACGCAGUAUAAUGGGCCUGCACAGGGCCAGGAGCAGCAGUAGAGUGUGAGCAACCGGACACGUCAGGACACACAGUGCCGUCCUCACACACACACACACGCACACACACCAUCAUGGAGGAGUCACAGGAGGCGGCAGAGCUCCCGGCAAAGAAAGCGAGGCAUGACCCAGAAGUCAGUCAGGAAGAAGAUGCGAGAGGCACGGUUGCUCAUAACAACCGAGCAGACGUUUUAGGCUCUGAGGUCACCACUUACCGUCCAUCAUCCGCUGUUCGCCUUGAUUCUGUUCCAGGGAAUCAAGAACGUUCAAAUCAACACAUAUCAUCAGGCUGUGACUCAGAUCGCUCUUACACUAAAGUUGAGACAUGCAAAGAACUCGCAGCUACAGAAUCUGAAUAUACCUCGCACAUCUACCAAGGAAACAACCCUGCAGUUACCACAUACGACAGCCAGGUGGCGUUUUCUUCUCUGGGUCAGUCAGCAGCGUACAGCACCUUCAGCCAGACGGGCCAAACCUACGGCCUGCCUCCGUUCGGUCUGUCCCAGCCUGGAGCGUUACUUCAUACCACUUUACCACUCGUGCUGUCACUGCAUUUAAAGCACCAGUCACUGCACACGCAGCUUCCAUUCGCAUUCACAUUUCCACUCACGUCCGCUUCAUCUCAUUCUCUUUUCUCUGCGUUCUCUUUCUUGUGUACGUGUGUCCUCUUUUUGCUCCAUGCCUCCACCCACACCCGCGUGGCCGUAGGUGCCAUGUGGCCGGGCAUUAAGAGCGAGCCCAGGCUGCAGGACGUGCCCGCUGCUGUCCAGACGCCGUUUCUCAGCUUCAGCACAGCUUAUACUUCAACGCAGCCGUGCCAGACCCACUACUCGUACCCCAGCCAAGGUUCCUGCUUCACUACGUCCAGCGUGUACUCCAACAUCCCCACAGCCCCCACUGUCACCACAGCUACCGCUACACAUCAAGAGUUCUCCAGUUAUAACUCACUGGGACAGAACCAGUUCUCCCAGUAUUAUGUCCCUCCCAACAGUUACCUCCCGCCCGCACCCCCCAGCAGCGAAGCGGACGGAGACGACGUCUCGGUGCCGCCUUACACGCCUGUAAAGACCGAGACUAGUGCCUCCACAGGACUGCCCAGCUCCACAGCUGCGUCUCCAGCCAGCGUGACCCUCCCCCCGGGCGCGGCUCAGGACGAAGCCGCCCGCAGAAACGCUCCGCCCAAAGCGAAAGGCAAAGGAAAGAAAUCCGACAGCGGUCAGUCGACAGACAACGACCUGGAGCGAGUCUUCUUGUGGGAUUUGGAUGAAACCAUCAUCAUUUUCCACUCUCUUCUCACGGGGUCGUUUGCACAAAAGUUCGGCAAGGUACCGCAAGAUCCCGCUACGGUGCUUAAUCUGGGCCUGCAGAUGGAGGAACUGAUCUUUGAGCUCGCAGACACGCACCUGUUCUUCAACGAUCUGGAGGAGUGCGAUCAAGUCCACGUUGAAGACGUGUCCUCUGAUGACAACGGACAAGAUUUGAGCAACUAUAACUUUUCGAACGAUGGGUUCAGUGGAACGGGUGGAGCAGGAGGGCAAAGCUCCAACCCAGCCGUGCAAGGUGGAGUGGACUGGAUGCGCAAGCUGGCCUUUCGGUACCGCCGCCUUAAAGAGAUCUACAAUGGGUAUAAAGGGAAUGUAGGAGCUCUGCUGAGUCCCCUGAAGAGGGAGCUACUGCUGCGAGUGCGCAGUGACAUCGAGACCGUGACGGACAGCUGGCUCAGCACUGCCGUCAAAUCCCUCCUGCUGAUCCAGUCCAGGGGCAGAUGUAUGAAUGUUCUGGUCACCACCACUCAGCUGGUUCCUGCUCUGGCUAAAGUGCUCCUGUACGGACUCGGGGACGUUUUCCCCGUCAACAACAUCUACAGCGCCACCAAGAUCGGAAAGGAAAGCUGCUUUGAGCGCAUCGUGUCACGUUUUGGAAAGAAGGUGACCUACGUGGUUAUAGGAGACGGCCGGGAGGAGGAGUUCGCAGCUAAGCAGCACAACAUGCCGUUCUGGCGAAUCUCUACUCUCGGUGACCUGGUGUCUCUACACCAAGCUCUGGAGCUGGACUUCUUAUAGAGUGCACACCCAGGCUCUUUCUCACUCACACACACACACACACACACACACACACACACACACACUGAGUUUUGGACACCCGAUGAGGCUGGGAGAACAGAAGAAGGCUUCGAGCCUGCAGGGAAUCCUUCCACUACCUUUAAGGCAGCUAAAUACCCGGGCAUAUGCGAGCGUGGAACUGCGAGAACAUCUUCAGACGUACACAAGGAUGGCGAGAAAGAUCCGGACCUGGCCCUCGUACUGCCGGCCCGCCGCACAAAGCACUGCGUGUUUUUAUGAGCAUUUCUGUUCAAACUGGAUUCACCAAAGGAAAGACCAAAGCCCUGCUCUGGUGUAAGAUUUUGGAAUUUUUUUUUUCUUUCGUCGAUUUCUUUCUUUCUUUGGUUUUCUAGUUUGUGUUCCUGAUCCUGAUUUUAAUUUCUGCUGGACGUGGACGUGUUUUUCUGUUUUGCACUCGCAUCGGACCGGACUGACGGCAGAGCCCGAACGUGGAUACGGAACAGCCGAUUGGGUUUCUCUCUGACCCGUUCAACUCGUUAAUACGCCGCAUUCACAUUGCACCAAAACACGUCCAUCAGGUGGUCUACAGUAACGAUAUUCACUUCCCGUGCACGUACAUUUCAUCACUCUCACUCCCAUAAUCCUCUGCAAGAACCCUUCACUUUGCUGUAACGAGAGCGCUUCAUAAAUCUGUUAAUGGCAACCUUUUUUUUUUUUUUUUCUUUUUUAAUACCUGGUACUCCAAUUUGUUUCCUGUGACUUUUACAUGAGCCGUGCGUGUGCGCGCGUGUGUGUGUGUGUGCGCGUGUGUAAUCAGAUCUUCAGUAUCAAACCCCGUGGAUUCAUAAGCAUACUAGGAAAUGAUCUGGCUCUCGGUGUAUUUGAAUGGCAGGCCAUUAAAGGAAUACUGUAGUGUUUCUCAUCUCUGUCCGUUUAAUCAAGAAUGAACCCUCGGUACUCGCUUAUCAUUAAAAAAUAAAUAAAUAAAUAAAUAAAGUCAAGGGUGGUUUAGGAGUUGUGCUAAUAAUUUGUGAAAACGUAACGCGAAUGAGACGGAAAUUCAGUAAAGGUUCGCGGACGUGAAAGUUCCUUACGGAUAUUUCAGCCGUCUUUGGGGUUUUGUCAUAUCCGUAGCCUUCUUCUGUUUGCGUUUAUGAACAAUCGUUACGUAAGUUUAAAACACAACACAUGCAGUUAUAGAGAAAUAAUCAACUGUUACCAUAUUAUUGAUGCGGAGUCUUUCCAAUAACAGCACUUCCUGUUAUUCUCAUCAUACGCCACGGCGAUUAGCCAACCAUUACAUCGCUUUAUUAAUUAAAGAGCGACUUGGAUACUUUCUAUCCAGGUACAGUUACAUGCACAAGUUCAGUGAGUUCCUGUUCUCGCUUACGUUCUGUUAAACAGCCAUCGCGACCUGGCCUGUUAACGAGAAAGCUGUUGACGCAAAGGCUUCUCCUGUCUGAAAACUUCGUGAGAACUCCACUGUUUUCAAGCAAAAGCACCGACCCUGGAGACUCCUUCCGUAAGCGUUAAAUCUCCUCGCAGGAAUCCAGAACCGCCGUCAGAGCCGCCUGCCGCUAUAGAAAAUUCAUUAACGCCUCUCCGGCCUAUCAGGAGAGAGAAUCCGACCCCGUUCGUCGAAGCGCUCUAGAGAAUUCGGCGUAAAAUGUUCACGUAAAAGCGCUUUUCCGUUCUUUCCUCCGAACGGAGAACCCGAGCGUCAGUGCUCGUUCGUUACGGCUGAAGACGAGGUGUAAAAAAACGCCGGAGUAUUCCUUUAACGUUGGCUUUCUCAGCAAGUACGCCGAGGCUCCGAGCGCAUCACGGCAAUGAGAUAUGCAGCUACCACGCCAGACCGACCUUCUGCUGACGUCCCCUUUCUGCUUCCCGAUUUUUUUUAUUAUUAUUAUUAUUAUUUUAUAUUUUUUAAUCGAAGCGUAUACGAGUUAAAGGGGAACUGAUCUAGUGGCAGAGAAACACCAUCCCUUUAAGUCCAGUUCUCGUCAGAUCGGAGUCGGUCAGCGUUCUAAACUUACUCACGAUGUCCUUAAAAAGCGUGUCGUGAUGAAUUAUAACGCAAUGUUGAUGUUAUGUGUAUAAAUAUAAAUAACGCCCAGCAUUAUCCCAGUGCUUGAUUCGUAACGCUGGUAAAACCACACAUUUUGGGAAGAGGGGAACUCGAUAUGUGCAAUAUGUUUUCGGUCAGUGAUCUGAACUAUGAAGAAGAAGAAGAAGAAGGAGAAGGAGAGGAUGAUGGGAAUUCUGGACGUCGUGGGUGCUGUGAGAUUCGACUGAACAGUGCUGAGCCUGAAGAAGAAUACGAAUAAAUUGGAAAAAUCAUACAAGCAGCUUCGACUGAAUUACGAAUGUCUUGUUUUUUUCCUGUACUUAUUUAUAUCGUGCCUUUUUAACUAUAAACCUUACAGUGUAUCAUCUUAAAAGGAUUUGCUGUAAUACUGCAAAUGUUUAGAUGUGUUUUUUUCCUGUCGUUUUUAUUACGUCUUCGUUGUAUUAAACAUGUCUACGAGGAGGAGGAUGUGAUUUUUUAUUUUUUUAUUUUUUGUUUUGUUUUUAUUACUUGAUUCUGAAGCCCCGUCGUGCUCACGCCUUUACGACGACCGCGACGUUAUCGAGCGCUCCCGCUCCUGCUCGCAGUGUAGUGCCGGUUCGUGUGUAAUUAACGGACCCCGUCGGCACGUGCCUCGGUCAGUUUUUCCCUUCACGUCUUCGUUCUGGUGCACAGAGCGAAGUGGGCGGAGUCUUGUCUGUUUCUGUCCUUCGCUGAUCACUUUGAGACUUCAACUGCAUGGACAAUCAAGGACACGCUAACGGAUCUACAGAUUCAGCGUUUUGUGAAUCCGGUUAAAAAAGCGGUUCACGCUCCAAAAAUGUACUUUUUGUUGAUGUAUAGCAUAUGUGAUGAUCUCUCUCUCUCUCUCUCUCUCUCUCUCUCUCUCUCUCUCUACACUAUUGUCAUCCUGCUUUUAUUUUUAUUUCAUCAUCUCCCAUGCUUGCUUUUUUUUUGUUUUUUUUGUGAGCAGCGUGUAAUUAUGUUUGAGCCAAUGCUCCGCCUCUGAUGAUAAAGCAGCUAUGACAAAUCAUUUAGCCCAGUAAUUCUAAAUAUAGAGAGUGUGUGUGUGUGUGUGUGUGUGUGUGUGUGUGUGUGUGUGUGUGGCGCGUGUGGCGCAAGUAUGAAUGGUUUCUUUGGCAAGUACUCUACUCCUGAUGUGACUUGACUACAUGUUACAUAGGAAAUAGUUUACUAAUUGUACUCUGAUGCAAUUUCUUUUAUUUUUUUUAUUUUAUUUUUUAAUGUUAUUUGAUGAUUUUUAUUAUUUUUUUUGGUGACCGGAAUACUGUUUUUUUUUGUUUUUGUUUUUGUUUUUGUUUUUUUUUGGCCCGGAUAAGUUUUCCUGUGUAUUAUAAUACUGUUUGUGGCAGCAUAAAUAAAAGGUUUUGAAACUCAA